CUGAACUCUUCUUGUGAACCCUUGUGUUUAUUCUUUUGGUGUCAACCAUUGUGCCUGUGCCAGGGUUUAUGUGGGGUAUUGAAUAAGUUUCUUUUUUGAUAACGAUCCAGAACCUGAAGGAACUUCUUUUCCCCUUCCCUUUUAUUUUUUUAGUUUGCUGCCCACGGGUAGUGACGACAUUAGCCCUUUUUUUUCUUUGGCCCGUCGCUCCGGUUUUCCGACUCGGUCUUUCCACGCCCAUCGGUGCUUGUGCAUACCUGCGUGUUUGCUGCUUUCGGCUUCUUGCGGUUUGCCUCCGGCUUUCCCUAGAUUUGCCUCUUCAGGGGCGACUAGUGUUGUCGCUCUUCUUUCACCUUUUUUGAAGACGAAUCCUGCUUCGUUUCAUAUCUAUACUUCGUUUUUUGCUAUCAUCAUGGCCUCGAGAUUCUCGGCGCAAUUGCUAGUGCCUUUGGCGAGGUCGUCCGUUCGCUGUCGGGCUGCAUCCGCUCCCGUCUUCUCGGUUCUCGCCGGCCGACAUGCCAUCGCCACUCCUGCUCCAACGGAGCUUCAGAAACGGUAUAGCUCUCAUUCUCCGCUGGGGGCCACCUCGGCCAAUCCCCGGAAGAAGGUGACCAUGCAGACGUUACGGAACCUCUACAAGAAGGGUGAGCCAAUUACGAUGCUUACGGCGCAUGACUUCCCCAGUGGCCAUGUUGCGGAGAUGGCGGGGAUGGACAUGGUCCUGGUCGGUGACAGCUUGGCCAUGGUCGCCCUCGGCAUGGAGGAUACGAGUGAGAUCCUCAUGGACGAGAUGUUGUUGCACUGUCGGAGUGUUGCACGUGCUGUCAAGAGUGCAUUCACGGUCGGCGAUCUCCCUAUGGGAUCUUAUGAAGUAUCUCCCGAGCAGGCUGUUCAGUCUGCCAUCCGCAUUGUGAAGGAGGGUCGCGUCCAGGCUAUAAAGCUCGAGGGUGGUGCUGAGAUGGCUCCGUCCAUCAAACGUAUCACGCAAGCUGGUAUUCCUGUGUGCGGUCACAUCGGGCUUACACCUCAACGUCAACAUGCUCUUGGAGGAUUCCGGGUUCAGGGCAAAACGACCGCCAGCGCAGUGAGGCUUCUGAAGGAUGCUCUAGCUGUCCAAGAGGCUGGCGCAUUCAUGAUGGUUCUGGAGGCGGUGCCCGCUGAGAUUGCCGCCCUCAUCACGAAGAAGUUGCGUGUCCCCACGAUUGGCAUCGGUGCUGGAAACGGAUGUUCCGGACAAGUCCUGGUCCAGAUUGAUAUGACCGGAAACUAUCCCCCGGGCCGGUUCCUUCCCAAAUUUGUCAAGAAGUAUGGCGACGUCUGGGGAGAGGCUAUUAAGGGUAUCCAACAAUACCGUGAUGAAGUCAAGAGCCGAGCGUAUCCUUCCGAAGAAUACACCUACCCCAUUGCGAAGGAGGAAUUGGCCGAGUUUGAAAAGGCCAUCGAGCAUUUUCACAAAGAAUAAAUGCUCAGGAACCCACCCUGAGUCCUAGUGUCUCAUGCUGCGAGCGUUGUUUGAUUCAAAUUCUUUGAAGCAGCAUAUAAUGCAUAUCAUGUCCAGCAAGUCGUUUCUGUGAUACCUUGGUAUUUCAUGUUCAUGUCCAUAAUUCUCAUACAGUGUCAAAUGACCUUUGACGAUUUUUGCGCAUAGUUGCCUUCCU